AUGACAGCCCGGCCACCCGAGUACGACGACACGACCAGUAGCUCGAGCACUUACCGUGUCCGUUUGGAGGCCUGUUUUGAAGGCCAGAGCACCACGGAUCCAGGAAAACGGCGUGCGCUUCUGGUAUCGGCACUAAGUGACAGCGUUGUGCGCGUGCUUCAGGGGCAGUGCCUGUCAGAACCGGUGAACAGCCUUAGCUAUGACGCCGUCGUACAGCUGCUGGACAAGCACUUCGAUCCAUUAGCUAACGAGAUUGCAGCGAGCUACGCUUUUUUCAUGCCGAAUCAAGCAGAAGGCGAAAAGGUACGGGACUAUAUCACUGACCUGAGACGUCUCGCAAAGGAGUGCAAUUUCGAGAAGUUUUUGGACCGCAUGUUGCGGAAUCGGAUUGUCUGCGGAAUCCGUGACGAACAAGCUCGACGACACAUGUUGUCGCAAAGGAAGUUGAAUUUGGCUGAGGCAGAGGCUUCUGCUCUAGCUGCAGAAACGGCGUAA